ACCAGGUCGUCCACAUGGGGUGCUGAUGCUCCAUGGCAGGCGGAACCUUCCUUCGGGGUCUGCUGCUCCCCGUCGGAGUGGUUAGAAGGGAACACCAAACACAACUCCACUGACUGCAAAGUCUGAAGUCCGCGAAGAAGAUGAGCACCAGACAGGUGACAUGUAGGUAUUUUAUCCAUGGAGUGUGCAGAGAGGGCAGCAGGUGUUUGUUUUCUCAUGACCUAACCAACAGUAAACCCUCUACCAUCUGCAAGUUCUACCAGAGAGGAAUUUGUGCCUACGGGGAGCGCUGCAGGUAUGAUCACAUCAAACCUCCAUCCAGAGGUGGUGGUGCUUCAGAGGAGACCACCAGUGGAAGUAGAGCCAGCCGAGGAGAAGGGAGGAGGACGCUUGUGCUAAGGGACAGAGCUCUGGGUCCUGACGGUGCGUUUGGGGGAUCUUCAGAUGGUCUUGGGCUAGAUUUCUCGGCAGCAGCAGCAGCUCCACAGUCUUACGUUGAUGCUAUCAGAACUGGGCUUGAUGCCUCUGCACAGGAUCAAGUCCCUCGGCCGCCGGCUGAGGCUUUGCAAGACACCGCGCCUCUGUGUCCAUACGCCGCUAGUGGACAUUGCUUUUAUGAAGAUACUUGUACGUAUCUCCAUGGCGACCGAUGUGAUGUGUGUGGGCUGCAGGUUCUACAUCCCUAUGACCCCGAGCAGAGGAGAGCACAUGAGAAGACAUGCCUCCUCGCAUUUGAAGCUGACAUGGAAAAAGCGUUUGCGGCUCAGCUUAGUCAGGACAAAGUGUGCUCGAUCUGCAUGGAGGUGGUGGUACAGAAGGCAAAUCCUUCAGACCGGAGGUUCGGCAUCUUGUCCUCCUGCUGUCAUGUCUUCUGCCUGGCUUGUAUCCGACAGUGGCGCUGCACCAGAAGCUUCUGCAACAAGAUCAUAAAAUCGUGUCCAGAGUGUCGGGUGGUCUCAGAGUUUGUAAUUCCUUCGGUGUACUGGGUGGAAGACCAAGACGAGAAGGAUCACCUAAUAGAGCUCUUCAAGUCUGGUGUCAGUAAAAAGGCCUGUAAGUACUUUGACCAGGGCCGCGGCUCGUGUCCUUUUGGGGGAAAGUGCUUGUAUCUACACGCCUUCCCAGACGGAACCCGAGCAGAACCAGAUCGACCUCGGAAGCAGCUGAGUUCUGAAGGGAACAUCCGGUUCAUGAAUAACGUCCGGCUGUGGGAUUUCAUCGAAGAGCGUGAGCAGCAUUCAGGCCCGCCUUUGCCCCCCAUGGAUGAUGACAUGAUGGAGCUGCAAGAGCUUUUCAUGCAGAUGUCAGGGCCAGGCCAGGAGGGACCAGACCCUCCACCCACUGCACACCAGUAAAGGCUGCCUUUCCUGGUCUCCAUGGAAACCUAUGGCACAUCAGGACUAAUGCUUUAAAAUAAGUGGUUAUGUGAGCUUGAUUAUGACAUAAAAUGUUUUAUGGAUUGUAAAUAUAAGUCAACACAGAAUCAUAGUGCAGUGAGACUUUGGUGUGAAAUGUAUAAAUGUAUUCCCAUGCCUGAGUGAAAGCUGCAACAAUUGCAGUGAGCACAACCGCACUGCAGCCAUCCGUUUAUGAGUUUAUCCUCCAGACAGCACUGAAGUUCACUGAGGAGCUUCUUGUGAAGCAGUUCCACAAUCUGAGGAAUGAGAAACACCCGAAUGAUGAUACAAUAUAACAGCCUUUCUGUUCCAACUCUGGUUUGGACUCAGACUCAGGACCAGUUUGUAGGCUUACCAACUUCUUAGCUCAAUAAAUUGGUUAUCAACUGGCACCAUCUCUUAGCUAGAGGCAAUAAAAACUUCACAUUUGUUUUGUCAACAUGAAACAGAAGCUAGUUUAUUUUUGGUGGAACAUCAAAAAUGGUACAUCUUUAGUUGAAAAUGAAGAUCCUUCUAACUUCACAAACCACCAGCCUGUCCUGAAGUCUCUAAAAUGUAUUUAGAAAUUUAAUCUGAUGAGAAGAACCAGAAACAGUGAAGGUUUUCAUGUCAGCUGUAUAAGAGAUCUGGAAUCAUUCUAGAAAGUGAUGGAACAUCAACAAGUUCAGAUUCCCAGUUUCUUCAUUGGUAUCAUUGUUAACUUUGCAGUUUAUUUCACUAUUUCAGAAUUCAUAUUUUGUUUUUUUCUUAUUGCACCAGACAAACACAACAUACUCCAUGAUUUGAGGAUCUACUGUUGACUGUUAUUUAUGUGUUAGGACAUUAAGCUGAAGCACCUUUUUGAGGACAAUGAGAGAAAAAAAUCAUCAGUUAUAGACAAUUUCAAGAACUAUUUACAUUUAUUUGUGGUUGCCAUGUACUUCACCAUCUGUUUGUACUUUUGAGCUUAUUUACCCACAAUCUAAUGGUGAAUUUUAAAUAUAUAGCUUCUGUUUUAACAACCCGACUGCCAAAACUGUAAAAAAAAAAAGAAAAAAAUUGAAUGUACCUUUUCAUUGUCACUGUUCAUCUUCCUUGUGCUUGACUCUGCAAAAUCUGCAGCAAUAAAAGUUUUUCCUCAAAAAGGACUUAGAGGGAAAAAAAGAGAA